AAGUAAUUUAAUUCUAUUUCGGUAAUAUACGUUACUUUUCAAUGACUGUUGUGUUAUUUAUAUAAUACGUAUUUUUCAACCACGGAAAGUUCGUAGACUUUACUUAUCAUGUUAUUUAAUUGUAGUUUCCAAUUUCCGUUGCUGCCAUGACACUAUUUUAUAGCUGUUCCCGGCAAAAUCGUAAAGUUUACAAAUAAAUUAAAAGGCAGUACUUAUUUUUCGGGAAAUAAUAUAAUAUUUAUUCCAAAUUUUCUACAAUUACAUAACACUGAAUAUUUAAAUUAAACAAUUUAGUUCAGUUUUACUGGAAUCCUGGACUAAAUUAAAUAUCAAGCGCCAUUGCCAUGUGCAUGUGUAGCUCGAUGUAGUAGACCAACAUGUCGGUUUAUUCGUGGUUACCAAUCACAAUUGCGCGGGAAACACUCGUGACUGGCGGUAGCCUAUAGAAAUCGAGCGAUUUGAAUUCCCUCUUCGCCUUGUUGACUACCUAGAAGUUUUGUUGUAUACAAUCGUUGGGUGUACAGUGCUGUCAGUGAAUAUAACUUAUUUUGUUCUAUUUUGAUGAAAAUACUAUUAGACACAACGAAAAAUUUAGAUAAUCUGAAUCGAUGAUGUCGGCAGCAAUGGACAUGUUUCUUAGCGCCACGGACUCCAUUUCCUUCCCAGAUAUUUUAGAUAUCGAUAUAAAAUCCGAAAUAGAUACAUUAGUAGGAGGACAUAACGAUUUCUCAGGGUUCAACUUCAACGAUAUGCCUCCUUUAGAAAUUGAAGACGUACAUGACAUUAGAUGGUUCAAUUCGAAUUCAAAUCAUUCAAAUUUAGAUUUUAGUGGAGACGACGGUCCAACAAUGGUCAAUCCCAACGCUGUUAUGCCAGUUAUGUCCUCAACUCAAAAUAUCAGGUCACCUUCCCCUCCCUUAAAAGAAAGUCAUCUGACCUUUUCGCCCGCUACCAUCAAAAUUGCUGCUUUGAAACCAGAUAACGCCUCAAUUAAGAAGGAUUUAACAGAAAGAUUAGAAGAAAUCGAGAAGAAACCUGUGAUCAAAACUGUUACUAAAGUGACACCCAUAUUAGCAAAACCAGCUAUUAAAACCAUUGGCAAGACUCCAACUAUACUUACGUUUAGAAAUGCUGUAAACCGAACAUUAGGUCCCUCCAUCAACGUAACACAUUUAAAUAAUAUAACAACGUUAAGAACAGUAACGCCACCUACAAUCAACCGUAAAGUUAUAAAUUCUAGGCCGAUAUACGAAGACGACGAACGUACUUUCCCUAAACCAGCUUACAGUUAUAGCUGUUUAAUAGCAAUGGCUCUAAAAAAUAGUAAAUCUGGUAGUUUACCUGUAUCAGAAAUAUACAAUUUUAUGUGUAGACAUUUUCCUUACUUUAAAACGGCACCAAAUGGCUGGAAAAAUUCUGUAAGACAUAAUUUGUCUUUAAAUAAAUGUUUUGAAAAAAUAGAAAAACCCGCUUUAAAUGGGGCUCAACGGAAAGGCUGUUUGUGGGCCAUGAAUCCAGCGAAAAUUAGUAAAAUGGAUGAAGAAGUACAAAAAUGGUCGAGGAAGGAUCCUCACGGGAUCAAAAGGGCAAUGGUUAAUCCCGAACAUCUUGAAGCUCUAGAAAGAGGCGAAAUGAAAUUCUCUUGUUCAUAUGACGAGACCGAUCACUUUGGAGAUUCUUGCGGCAGUGCUGAAGAACAGAGUGAAGCGUCAGAUUCAGAACAGGAUGUUGAGGAAGAAGCAAACGUUGUUAGCACCCAAUACGAAUAUAUACAAGUUAAAGAAGAAGAUAUCUCAGAUUUGGAUAUAGAGGUAUCAGACAACUAUGAAGAAAUAGAAGAUGAUCAGGAAUUAUUAAGAGUAGAGAUGGCGUUAGCUCAAAAAGAACUAUUAGAAUAUGAAAGGACUGUGAAUAACAAAAGACGGAGGACAUAUAUCCUGCAACAUUAAGGAAUCAACUAUUAGGCACAUUAUCAAGAAUUUAGAAAAAAAAUCGAUUACUAAAUUCUCGGUGAUCUUUUUUGUAAGCAAAAGAGCUAAUGGGUGAUAUAAAAAAACUUGUACAUAAUUCUUCAUUAUUUCCUGCCUGUGUAUCUUUUUAAGGUUUAUUAAGUGUUUUGUUUUUAAAAUACAAUACAAGACUGCCACUACUUUAUUACUAUAAUGUGUUAUCAAGAUCUGGCUAGAACUUGAUCAUAAAUUAAGCUGUAGUUAGAUUUUUAUACAAUGCAAAAUGUUUUGUGGUUAUUUCAAUAAAUUGUAAGCUCGAAUAGUUCGUAAAUUGUAAUAAACGUUUAAUUUUUACAUCUAGUUAUGAUAGCAUCUAUAUAUUUUUUUCAACGUCUAUAUGAUCCAGAUAUUGUUUUAUUAUGUCAAUAACUGUCAUUUGAUGUUCAUAUUUAGGAUUAAUGUCAGUUUAAUCAGCAACUGCAUUUCAUUUUAUAUGUUAAACCAUAACCAGAUGUUGAAAAACGUUUACCAUUCUUGUUUAUUAAAUGGAGGUGGACUGAUGGCAAUUUUAGCGAUGACAGCUUUAUUAAUUGUAGAUGUGUAGAAAAUUAUGAAAAUAUGUUCGCUUACAGUUUUUAUUAUUAAUUAGUUUGUGAUCCUCACAAUGAAGGCUUCCACAAACUGCCUGACUAAAGGAAAAGAAAAAGCCAUAAAUAUGGUUCGCUUUAUUAUAAUGUUAUGAUGGAAUAAGUAUUUAUAUAAGCUUAUGUCAUAUGAGUGUAUUCACAUGUUUUAACAUACUUUAUAUAGUACAAUAAUUACAUUUUAUUUAUACUAGGGGCGUUCUAUUUUUCUACUGACAAUCAUUAUCGAAGUUCUAUUUAUAUCAUUAAUUUAUUUUAAGUUUAACAGAAUAUUAAGCAAAAAUAAACAGCCCAGUCACAAAAAAAUAUAUGCUUAUUAGUUUUUAUGUAAAAUAAAAUUGUCAGUUUUUCUUUAACUUUGCUCAACUAGAAUACAAGCAUUUAUUAUUAUCUAACUCAAUUUAUUAUCAUUUUUAUUACAAAUAUAUUAAAAUUGAUAUUUAAUACAACUCUGUCACAUUUUUGUUCGUUAAUGCCGCUUGACAUGAUGCAAUACAACGUGCAAUGCAUUAAAAGUUCCAAUAUUUCUUGAUCAAAAGCAUGCGCAGAUAAAGUUCAGCUGAUUGUUUCAUGCAAGAUCUCACACUUGCAACAUUAUCGGUUUUGUUCUAUUUUUAUUGCGUGCAAGCUGCAAUUCUAGGAAGAAAACUAGUUACUUUUGGCUUAACCACCAAAUGCCAGUCUUAGAUCAGCUGACUUCCCGUAAGGCUAUGUUAUUUUGUUUGUUACUUAUGGAAUUUUAGUAAAUGGCACUCAUGAUGCAAUAGCAAGUGACUUGCAUAAUGUCAGGCGACGUGCAAUAUUAAUCUAUGCAAUAUUUCGAUUUUAUGAGGAAUUGCAUGCAAUGAAAUAAACAUAGUUGACAUUCUGUUAAUACCGUGUGUUGUCAAUAUGUAAUAAUAUAUAUUAUUUUAGUAUAUAUGUAUUCAAUAAACUGAAUCAUAUGCUAAAUUGACGCUAAAUUACAGGAGGAAUAAAAUUGUAAUAGAGUUGUAGUUAUUAAUAAGCCUACAUUUGAACUUGGUUUUUUACCAUUUUUUAGUUUUUAGAAUGAUAACAAAACAUAAAGCUACAUAAUACAUUAUUGCGUGGUAGAAUCAUUCUUUGGUACAGUAAAAUCAGACUAAUGUUCUCUUUUCUCUUAAUCUACUCUUCAAAUACUUCUAUUAGUUUAUCAAUUUCGUAAUAAACACGCCUUCCUCUUUUCAUUUAUUUAGGACUAGGAAUUAUUUUUAUCAAGGUUAUCAAAGAUUUUUCCAGUGUCAUCAAUUCAGGUCAUAAACAUGACCUGAACAUCACCAUCUUUAUCCACACAACAAGAGAAAAGAUACAUAGCCGGACCCAACGACAAAAUAUUUUUUUUGUUUUAUAGUUUGAACCUUCACGUUUUUUUUUGUUCUAAUUAAUUCAAUGAUAAUAAUAUUUCAAAAGUUCAAUAAAUAUUAAAUAGUUCCAUAUGAUUUUUUUAAGCGAGAUCAUUUUGUAAUAUUAGAAGGCGUAACACACAUUUUAUUUGUAUGUAAAAUACCCCUGUCACACAUUUCGAAUUCUAUGUCACAAUGAUUUUGUAAAAAGCCAAAAAAAUGAAAACUGGAUUUUAGUAUUAUUAGAUACAAACAGCGUUUCUUUUUUCGAAAGGUAGAAAGGAAGAACGCCCCAACAUAAUUAAGGUUUUUCGUGGCAAUAUCAGUAUUAUUAUAAUCCAACAAUAAAUAAUGAUCAGGUUGAAAGUAAAUCUUAAUACUUUUUAUUAGAAUAUGGGUAUUUAAGAAAAUUUAAUAAAAACAAUGAUGGAUUCUGUGAGUGAACUAAAAAUUAUGAUAUAGUUGUUAGAUUAGGAUAAUAAUAAAAUAAGAACAGUCGGUAUACGAAAAGUACAAAUAUUGAAUUUGUUACAUGUGGAGUAGCUUUAGCAAAUUCAUUAUUCAUUAUGGUAAUCAGCUGUCAUCACAUAAAGUAGUAAAUGUAAAAAUUGUGCCUUGGUUCCUCACUAUUAAAUAUUUGCUAUAACCCUCACUCCUCAUUUGAAAGGGACCAGUUUCAUUGACGAAAAUAUUUUUCUCUUGUUUGUUAGUUCUGUGAAUAACAUUAAUUUCAUGUUUUGAGUUUAAAUAUAAAUUUGAAAAUAUAAGAGAUUUCAAAUAUAUUUGAAAUUAUCUUGAAUAUUUUAGUUUUAUAAUUUAUGGGGGUUUCUUGGAUUUGUGUCAUAUUCGUUACGAACACACAGCUUUCUACCACUGCACCAACACUUGGGCAAGGCACAAAUUAGGACACGUAUAGCACGUGUGAGGUAGCGUGACACGUCACUUACAUAUUUUGAAAAAAAAACUUUAUAUUAUGAUCUCGAUAUAUAGAAAAGCCUCUUCUGAAAAGUAAUCAUUUUUAACUUAAGCGUUGUUAGAACUUAAGAGACGCAAUGCUUAAAAUGCGGACUCGUACAUAUUUCUUAAAAGUCCCCGAAUUACUACUGACGUGUCGAGUAGCAGAAGCAUAACAGUUUCGCGAAUUCAAAAGUUUUAUUUGAUAUUUUAAAACUUGCGGUGCUUCAGACAAUUUUAAAACAUUAAAACCAUGUAAACAAUAUUUAUAUACAUAUUUAUUUAUUCAUAUAAUACUUAUUUUAAAUAUAAUAUUAAAAUAAACUCAGAAUAGUGAAAAUAUUAGAUAAAACCUUCACAGCUUUUUUAAACAUACAAAUUGUUAGUUACGGCCCUAUGGUGUCGCAUAGUUCGCACAUACCUGGCGCCGUCAUUGAACCCUAUUUACCGAAAUGAAUGAGUAAAGUAUUAUCAAAAUCUUUGUAAUUAAUACACAGAAAACCCAUCCACAUAUACAGACAUUUGACAUUUAAGUGACUCGCUACCAACGUAUUAGUUGAGAAUAUAUGUUGUAUAAUGUUGUUAUAGUGGUAGUAAACAGUGUGAUUUCAUGAUUAUCUGGUUUUCCAGAUCUAUUCAGUCUAAAAAAAACUAGAUAAUUUUUCUUAUUCAUAAUCAAAACCUUUCAAUAAAUGGUCAUGUAUACAUUUUGUAGAACCUGAUCCUUUGGGCAACGGAGACAACGACGAGGCAGACUCACUUGCCAAACUGGGAUCGGCGAACUCACCGAUGGGCUCAGAACCCAUCCUUGGUAAGGCUAAAAGCGUUGCUACCGCGUCUCUCAAGGGUCUACUCGUAAGGUGGGCUCGACAGAGAUUGAUAGAGAGACCUGGCAUGAGACAAGCGAAGGCACAUAUAGAUGGAUUUCGUGCAUCUCACACCAAACAACUGCUCCAUCUCACACCAAACAACUGCUCCAUCUAAACAGGCGCGAAAUCAGACUAGUGACUGGACUUCUAACAAGACACUGCCAUCUAAGACACCAUCUCAACACCAUGGGCGUCACGGACGAGAGUGUCGUUGGUGUAUGGAGGAGAAUACAGCCGCAGACCACGAAACCGCGCGGCUUAAACACUUGGGAAAGCCUCACAACUUCCCUAAUGAUAUCAAAGGGUUCAAGCCAAAGCGCCUGAUAAGCUUCUCAAACGACAUCGACAUUUGGUCACGACAGCGGGGUACGAUGGGCCUAUCUAAAGACCUAGUUCUUGGCUGUCCACUAUUAAUAUUUUGUAGAAAUUUACAAAUUGCUGAAAAAAUGAUACAGUAAUUGGUGUUUUUCACAGAACAUCUAAAUUCCUUACAACUUGAACAAAUUAAUUUCAUACAUAUUUUUGUUUUUGUUUUAAAUCUCGCAAUUGUGAUAUAUAACCCAUGUUUUCAUGGCCUGUUACAUGCGUAAGGGGAUUUUGCAAUCAUUUUCGUUCAAAUAGGAUUUCUUAUAAUAAGAAAUGUUUGAUUUGUGAUUUUAUUAAGUUUUAAUUAACACUAAUAGUUGUUGAUCAAAACUUUUUAAAAAAUGCUGUUUUAUUUUCAAUGUUGUGUGAAACGUAGGUAGAUGAUAUUGUAAUUAUAAGUUACAUAUGGCAAAUGAUGUUAAUCCACCUUGUUUGCAAAAUUUAACUUCAAACUUUUGGGACAAUCACGGCAAGGUCGACUUAAAAAUAUAUUAUAAAAAUAAAGCGAUCAGAUGUAUUAUAAAUUCUACAUUCAAAAUUUUCCAUAAAUUAUGCAAUGUUUUUAAAACACCAACACUAGCUGAGGUGCGUUUCAGAGAAUGCAAUUACAGAAUUUACUUCCAGUCUCUGAAGUUGAAAGUUCGAUUAUUGAAAUACGCUUCAGUCAGUGUUCAUAGUAAACAGUGUGUUUAACAUAAGUAUCAUGAAAGGUUCCAGAAAUUCCAACUGAAACAGUAUAUUCAACUGAUAUUAUUCAUCCUUUGGUAAAUAUUUCCUGACCAUUUAGAUACAACUAUUGAUAUUGAUAUCAAUGUCUUAGAGUAUAAUUGAGCUAAUUCCAUUCAAUAAAUGAAUCGAAAACAGAUUACAUAUUGAGAAAACUUAUUUUUGUAAUAUUGUAAAAAGGUUACAGACCAUAAAAUUACUAAACAUCAAAAGGCAUUGAGCUUUGUUAGUAAAGUUAUGCACGUAUCAAAACGAAUUUUCCAACAGUAGUCUGAUACCAUAUCGAUAUCCUCUAAGAUAUCGAUAUGGUAUUGGGUAGAUGGUGACAUGAAAUCAUAUUUCCCAAUGUCUUAUAGUCUCUCUCAAAAAAUAAACUUCAUAAUCAAAACCUAUUGAGAUGUACUUUUGAAAAAAUGUUCUUCUUUAUUCAUCCAUUUGUAUCUCCCUUAUUGUUCAAUUUUAGAAAAAAGUAGAACACUAAUGUUCACGCUUAUUUUUGGACAUACUGUUAAGAAUCUAAGGAAUAUAAUUCUGAACCAACUUGUAUAAGUAUACUUUGAAGCUUACUGAUGCUCUUUUAAUCUCACCAAUCCUUCAUACAUUUUGUACAACUUAUUUCACUGGCAACAAUAAUAAUAAUGAGUGGGUAAUAUAUAAAUAAUAUUGUACUUCAAUAGCACUAAUUUCACAUUAUUCAAUAUCUCCUGUGGAAGUUCUCUUCAGUGAAGUUGUUUGUUUUCUUUUUACUUUUAACUUCCUCAGACCUUUUUAUAUGUUUUUCGUGAUAAUUUGUCUUAAUUUUAUGUCUUUUUUAAUGAAAAUCAGUUUCGACAUACUUAGGUAUCAAAACGUAUUCUUUCUAUUCAUAUUUUAUCAAUAGUUUUUGACAGGUACAAAUGCUCACCAGUUGGCGCCUAGAACAUGGUGCACUUUGUGCAAUUCCGUUUAGACGGAAAAAAGUUUUAACUUUUGAAAAGCACAAAACCCUCAAUGUAAUAGAUUGUAGUGAUUUGCGGAGACAACAAUACCCCUAAAAAAAUUCACAUGGUUGAAAAUAUUUGGUUUCUGGCGUUGGGUAUUAAAUAAUGACAGUUGGCAUGAUAUUUUAGAGUCAUUACUUUACAUCUGCUUUUCUAGUACCGAAAACAAAUCAGGUCCUCAUUAUGAAGUUUAGGUUUAGCGUAAAUCGAACAUUUUCACUAAUAGCAGUCUUAUUCUGCCCUAGAAGUAUGAAAUUCAGACAAAAAAUUAACCAUUAUUAUGGUCAAAAUGCUGAUUUUCUAUCAAUUGUUUGUUGAGUAUUUUAUCAUUCACUAGUGUGCACUAGUUAUUGUUGCAUUCGUGCAAAAACUUUCGAAGAAGCAACUCUUAAAGUAACUUCGAACCUUUUUUUGUUAUAAGCAUAAGUUUAUAAUUUAAAAAAAAUACUGUUGAACUUAUGGAAAGCAAAACUAAAAUUUGUUGGAUUAUCAAAAUGUUGCAUUUUUUUAAAUAGUUUUCGCCCUACCCCGAAAAUCAAUUGCAAAUAUUUAUCAUGUUAAUGAAAAUAUAAAUAAUAUGAAUAAAAAUCAUUUUUUUUACAAAAUACUGGCAGAAGCGAUCGGGGUUGUGAUUUCUAGCAGCCAGAAAUUAUGUGAAGUUGGUUUUCUGUAUUUUUAUAUGUUAAAUACAAAAAACAGAAAAACAAAAACUUUUGUGUGAUUUACUGAAAAAUAAUUGGAAAACAUUGUACCUAAAAAUUGAAAAAACUCAGUAUUCAGUAAAUUUCGUACUUACCCGUAGGUGGUGAAUAUAGUUGUUCUUAGAACAAUUUAGAGUAAAUAUUUAAUUUGUGAUAUACUUAUAUACAUAUAUUAAUCAGAAGUAUAAAUGCGUGUUUUUAUAAAAAUUAGGUAUCCUGAUGUAGUAACAGUUCAUUAAAAUAUAUUAUAGAAAAUAGUACAUUACAUUGUAGAAAAAUGACUGAUUGUGAUUUUUUAGAAACUAAUUUCCUCGAGUUUUUGGAAAAUCGCUAAUAUAGAAUUGAAUUGACUAUUUUAAUUGUGUAAAUUAUUUUUUCUCAUUUUUUUAAUAAAUAGUGUAACAGUAUUUGUAAUAAGUCCAUGUACAAAUUUUGUUAGUGUUAAGAUUAUAUUUGGUAAAUAAAAUGUGAUUUUUCA